UCGUUCACCUCCGGAGCUAGUUGUUGCUCGUCUGAGGUUUGAACGAUGAUUGACUAUAAUGGCGACGCGUUUAUUCUGAGUUGAGUCCAUGGAACCCUCUCUGGCUGACAAAGCGAACACCUCGGGUUGUUUUUCUGCACCACGCACAACAGUAAUACGGAUAAGCAGCCACCAGAAGGAGUACAUUUUCCACAGCGACUAGGAGCCAGCAGAGGUUUAUCCUGCUAGCGUUGCGAUAGCUAGCAACUCGGCUCGCUAGCUUGCUAAGUUGAAGAGGUGGCAUUCUUGUAUGUGGACUGGAGGAGAGGGACAAGCCAGUUUGCUGAGCACUGAGAUCUGUCUUAGCUAGUAAUGUGUUUACUUUAUAGGUUUCUAGGGUAAUUAUUUUCUGGUUCCCAGAGACAACGCUGAGAAGGCACUGGCUUACAGUUGACGCUAGCUUGUAGUAAUAGUUUUUGGAAGAGGAUCCAGCAGCCUCCUUGGGUAGCUAACUUAGCUACUUUGCUAACAGGCUAGCUUUGUGGAUUGUUCCAGUCUCUUUCCUGUUCGGACUUGCUCUCACUUGCAUUUGGAAACCGUCCACCAGCGCACCGAUAGCUGGCUAGCAACAAUUGCUAGCUUGCUAACUUGUAAAGAUUUGUUGUGGCAUUGCAAGAUAUUUUCUUAAAUGACCACCGGUAGGAAUAACCGAGCGAUGAUGGAAGGAGUUGGAGCGAGAGUGGUCCGCGGACCUGACUGGAAGUGGGGGAAGCAGGAUGGUGGAGAGGGACAUGUUGGCACCGUCAGGAGUUUCGAAAGUCCAGAGGAGGUGGUUGUUGUCUGGGACAAUGGAACGGCUGCCAACUACCGCUGCUCUGGAGCCUACGACGUGAGGAUAUUAGACAGUGCACCAACAGGCAUCAAGCAUGAUGGAACCAUGUGUGACACCUGCCGUCAACAACCCAUCAUUGGUAUUCGCUGGAAAUGUGCAGAAUGCACCAAUUACGACCUCUGCACAACUUGUUACCAUGGAGACAAGCAUCACCUGAGACACCGGUUUUACAGGAUCACCACUCCAGGCAGUGAGAGGGUCCUUUUGGAGUCACGUCGCAAGUCAAAGAAAAUCACAGCCAGAGGGAUCUUCACUGGUGGCCGAGUCGUGAGAGGAGUGGAUUGGCAAUGGGAAGACCAGGAUGGAGGCAAUGGGAGGAGAGGAAAGGUGACAGAGAUCCAGGACUGGAGUGCAGCCAGCCCUCACAGUGCUGCCUACGUACUAUGGGACAACGGGGCCAAGAACCUGUACAGAGUUGGCUUUGAGGGAAUGUCGGACCUGAAAUGUGUCCAGGAUGCCAAAGGAGGUUCAUUUUACAGAGACCACUGUCCUGUUUUAGGUGAACAGAAUGGUAAUAGAAAUCCUGGCGGUCUUCAGAUCGGAGACCUGGUCAACAUUGAUCUGGAUUUAGAAAUUGUUCAGUCUCUACAGCAUGGCCAUGGAGGAUGGACUGAUGGCAUGUUUGAAACCCUCACCACCACCGGCACAGUGUGUGGCAUUGAUGAGGAUCACGACAUUGUGGUUCAGUACCCCAGUGGGAACAGAUGGACAUUCAACCCAGCAGUGCUGACGAAGGCCAAUGUAGUGCGCAGUGGUGAAGUUGCAGCCGGUGCAGAGGGAGGCACUUCCCAGUUCCUUGUGGGAGAUCUGGUCCAGAUCUGCUAUGACAUCGACCGCAUCAAACUGCUACAAAGAGGCCAUGGGGAGUGGGCUGAGGCGAUGCUACCUACCCUAGGCAAGGUGGGCCGUGUGCAACAGAUCUACUCUGACAGUGACCUGAAGGUCGAGGUUUGUGGGACUUCUUGGACGUACAAUCCUGCUGCUGUCACCAAGAUUGCCCCCUCUGGCUCUGCUGUCAGCAAUGCCUCUGGAGAGCGUCUGUCUCAGUUGCUGAAGAAACUUUUUGAGACACAAGAAUCUGGAGACAUCAAUGAGGAGCUGGUCAAGGCAGCAGCCAACGGAGACCUGGCCAAAGUGGAGGACAUUCUGAAGAGACCUGAUGUGGAUGUGAAUGGGCAGUGUGCUGGACAUACUGCCAUGCAGGCAGCCAGUCAGAAUGGUCACGUUGAUGUUCUAAAGUUGCUGCUGAAACACAAUGUGGAUCUGGAGGCUGAGGACAAAGAUGGAGACCGGGCAGUGCACCAUGCAGCCUUUGGUGAUGAGGGUUCUGUCAUUGAGGUGCUACAGAGGGGUGGUGCUGACUUGAAUGCCAGAAACAAACGAAGGCAGACUCCAUUGCACAUAGCCGUCAACAAAGGUCAUCUACAAGUGGUUAAAACCCUGUUGGACUUUGGCUGUCACCCCAGCCUCCAGGAUUCAGAAGGUGACACACCUCUGCACGAUGCCAUUAGCAAGAAGAGAGAUGACAUGUUGUCAGUGCUGCUGGAAGCCGGUGCUGAUGUUACUAUCACUAACAAUAAUGGGUUCAAUGCCUUGCAUCAUGCUGCCCUGCGAGGAAACCCCAGUGCCAUGCGUGUGCUACUAUCCAAACUGCCACGGCCUUGGAUCGUAGACGAGAAGAAGGACGACGGUUACACUGCACUGCACCUGGCUGCCCUCAACAACCACGUGGAGGUGGCUGAACUGUUGGUGCACCAGGGCAACGCCAGCUUAGACAUUCAGAAUGUCAACCAGCAGACGGCAUUACACCUGGCAGUGGAGCGCCAACACACCCAGAUAGUUCGGCUGCUGGUUCGGGCAGAAGCCAAGCUCGAUGUGCAGGACAAGGAUGGAGACACACCACUUCAUGAGGCACUGCGUCACCACACAUUGUCCCAAUUGCGACAACUACAAGACAUGCAGGAUGUCAGCAAAGUGGAGCCCUGGGAGCCCUCAAAGAACACAUUAAUCAUGGGCUUGGGCACCCAGGGGGCAGAGAAGAAGAGUGCAGCAUCCAUCGCCUGCUUCCUGGCAGCUAACGGAGCAGACUUGACCAUUCGUAACAAAAAGGGCCAGUCCCCUCUAGACCUGUGUCCCGACCCCAGCCUCUGCAAGGCUCUGGCCAAAUGUCACAAAGAGAAGAGCAGUGGCCAGGUGGGCACCCGCAGCCCGUCUCUGAACAGCAACAUCGAGUCACUGGAGGAGUGUAUGGUGUGUUCCGACAUGAAAAGAGACACUCUGUUUGGGCCCUGUGGACACAUUGCCACCUGCUCCCUCUGCUCGCCACGUGUCAAGAAGUGUCUCAUCUGCAAAGAACAGGUCCAGUCACGAACCAAGAUUGAGGAGUGCGUAGUCUGCUCUGACAAAAAGGCAGCAGUGUUGUUCCAGCCCUGUGGUCACAUGUGCGCUUGUGAGAACUGUGCCAGCCUCAUGAAGAAGUGCGUACAGUGCCGGGCUGUGGUGGAACGCCGCACCCCCUUCGUUCUGUGCUGUGGAGGGAAAGGUAUGGAGGAUGAUGCCGCUGAUGAUGAUGAUGAUGAUGAUGAUGAUGACCUUACAGGGAGCUCUAACACUAUGGCAGGGGGAUCGCAGGAUCUUCUCCAGCCCAACAAUCUGGCACUAAGUUGGUCCAGUGGAAACAUCCCAGCCCUGCAGAGAGACAAAGAUAAUACCAACGUCAAUGCUGAUGUACAGAAGCUACAGCAACAGCUUCAAGACAUCAAGGAACAGACCAUGUGUCCGGUGUGUCUGGACCGGCUGAAGAACAUGAUCUUCAUGUGUGGCCAUGGCACCUGCCAGCUGUGUGGGGACAGAAUGAGCGAAUGCCCUAUCUGCCGUAAGGCCAUUGAGCGUCGCAUCCUCCUGUACUAGACCUUCUUAAUAGACUCUGUCUUCUUUUAAAGCCCACACUGACCACGCCCGCAAUGCCACAUCCACACCAGCUGCUGCCAUCCUCACAGCACCCGAGUCAGCCAGCCAUGUCUUAUUCUAUACUACAGAAUCUCUCUUAAUAGUUUUGUUAUGUUCAGGUGGAGUUUCUGUUACAAAACAAGGGAAAAAAAUAUAAACUGACUUCAAUCAGUUUUGCUGUUUUGUUAUUGUAUGUCCUCAGUGCAGCCACAGAGAUGCCUGCUCCUCGGACGUCAACCUCUUUUUUUUCCCUGCCUUUGUUUUCUCACCAUCCUAUGCUGUUUUUGUUUUUAUUUGACAUUUUUAAACUUCUUUUCUCUCUUUGAGUCUGAGGUUCAGAUUCACAUUCUUGGAUAUGAACUUAUGAGGUGAAUCUCAUCUCUGGAUUUCACCAUGGAACAACUCUGUCAGCAAACUAAGAUGUGUGAGGGAGGCGAGGUCAGUCUGUUACCUUUUGAUGUGAAGUUCUCAUGCAUCUUUUGCAGUCAGUGCCAGCUGCAGUCAAAUUUUAUUGUAUUUGUAAAUCUUUAUGCAAGUGUAUUGGUAUCGGAAGCACCAGAUGUGGAUUUUAAGUACUUAAUUCUUUCAUGUCAGUAUGGAAAGUUUGAGACACAUUACUGUUUGCACCAUUUAACGGCUCAGUGAGUGUUUCAUCUUCUCGUCUGUGUUCAGUUGGGCUGUUUGACACUGUAUGCCAACUGUCCGUGCAGUCCAAGACCAAAUGUUGGCAGUUUUGCACUAGAAAAAGAUGAGUCAGGGUCAAAGCGUUGUCUGCACUGGCUUUGGAGGUCUGCUUCAGCUCAGUGACAAAACCCAGAUAUAGUAGCCUGACUGCCAGGUAGCACACUACACUCGUACUUUGUUUACCAAGCCGUAACGACAGCGGUGUCGUGACACCCUUUUGGCUGCAGAUUUAAGAGCUGUCGCGUUGGGAUUCAAGACAAACUCAUUCAGCUUCUGUCCAGUGAACAGCACCUCUUCUAUUUGUUUCACACACAAACCCAUAUGAUGCAAACAUUAUAUAGUAUCUUGUCACAACUCGAUGUUGAACUGUUGAGACUCGGUGGUAUUUUCAGACAAAAAUUGUACGAUUUAUUGAGCAUUGCUAAUUUACCAUUGAUGACUCUGUGCCAUUUGCUUCCAAAAAUGUACUUGUUAAAUAACUUGUUUGGGGAUAAGGUGCUGUUUAUCUUGUAUUACUUUUUUUUUUAUUUAAGUGUAUUUACUUUUCUCAAAAUCAACAUUUAUUGAGCUAGAGAGUACAAUCUAUUAGAACACUUAAGAUGAAAAUGUAGAAUAAAUUAUUUUGUAUUGCUGCCCAAACAAUAGGAUUUAUAGGUAUCACUGCCUUCCUACUAUGUAGCCUCAAAGUCUCUCAAACAUUCUGCUCUGAUAUUCAUGUUGAAAUAUGUUUGUGAUGUUUUCAUUUGCUUUUCGUUGGCAAUAGCUUUCUAGCAAUCAUCAGUAGAAGCAUUUUUCUCUGAAAUAAGUCUCUGUAAGCCUAACUUCUUCAUUUGUGAACGGAAAAAAUACAUUUUGUUGUUAAAGUUGUCAAGUAUCUUUUAACCAGUGUUUGAUUUGGGAGGAAAGCUAAUGAUUUUUUCAAGACAGAACUUGCCUUGCCUUUUUUAAAGGCAGUUGCCUAUUUGGAGACUCAGUAAAGUGACUCGCUUGCUUUGCUAUGUGGGAAUUUCAAACCGCAUGCAAGCAUUGGGGUUUUUUUGUUUUUGUUUUUUUAGAAAUGAAAGCAACUUUUGAGUACAGUUUUGAUUCCUUUCACUCAUCACGAUAACACUUUAAGCUAGAAGCACUAAUACGCUUUAUGGUAGUGUUGUCUUGUUAUGGUUGUUAUGAAAAAGCCUAUUUUGUACUUUAUUUUCAAUACCUGUAACUGUCCUGUUAGAAACGUAUCAGUAGUAUUUUCUUUGGCAUGAAUGUUUGACAUAUGCAGUACGACAUGUAUCAUUACAAAACGUUCAGUCUGUAUUGCUGAUAAGUGCUUUUAAAACAACCAUAUAGCUGAAAUAAAGUUCUAAACGAACCACGAGACGUUAAA